UGGUUCAGUGCAAGGUGAAUAGGAAACUGGUUCUCUGGAGAGGGGCGCUUAUGUUCUAACAGCGGAGGUGACAACCAGAGUCGUGUCCGUACAGGAGUCAUGAAGCUCGGCCCUUUAUCGUGGAGCAGCGUGUGCCUGCUGCUUGUCUAUGUGCUGGGAGUGGUAGCUGCCGGACGCGACUUUUAUAAAAUCCUGGGGGUUUCACGUGGCGCUUCUGUAAAGGAUAUAAAAAAGGCUUAUAGAAAACUAGCAUUACAGUUGCAUCCGGACCGAAAUCCAGAUGAUCCACAAGCACAAGAAAAGUUCCAAGAUUUAGGUGCUGCCUAUGAGGUACUUUCUGAUGAAGAAAAAAGAAAACAGUACGAUGCAUAUGGUGAAGAAGGCCUUAAAGAUGGCCAUCAAAGUUCCCAUGGUGACAUAUUCUCACAGUAA